AUGACAAUGUCAAAACCUUCAAUACUUUUUAUUCCAGGCUCGUACGUUCUACUGCCAGCCUAUCAGCAUCUCCUGGACGCCGUCUCGAGAGCAGGUUAUGAGAUUCAGGGCAUCCACCUGCCUACUAUCGGACUAAACAGCCGGCAGGGAAGGGAUGGUCCAGCACCAUCAACGUACGACGAUGCGGCUGUAAUCGCACAAGAGGCCGAGAAACUCGCAGAUCAAGGCAAAGACGUGGUCCUCAUGGGUCACUCGUACGCUGGUAUACCCAUGUCUCAAAGCACGAAAGGACUGGGGAAAGAUGAGAGAAAAGCCCAAGGUAAACUCGGGGGAAUCGUUCAUCUCGCCUACAUAUCCUGCCUGGUCCCUGCGGUUGGACAAUCAGCCGGGUCGCUCCUGAGCAGAUGUCCCGACAACAAAAGACCUCAUGUGUCCAUCGAUGAAAAUGGCUGGAUGCUGAUGGAAGAUCCGGCUGCGACUGCUGGAAUGAUCUGUCAAAAAUUACCUCCUGAAGAGGGUGAGGCUUUGGUCAGAGACUUUGCGAAGCAUUCGGCGCAGAGUUUCGGAAAUGAGUUGACGCACGCCGGGUAUAAGGACAUUCCAGUAUCGUACUUGUUCUGCGAAGAGGAUAUGGCCGGACCUCCUGAUUUUCAAAGGGACAUGAUUGCUAUGAUCGAGGAGGUGAGCGGUCGGAAAGUUGAUGUCACGAGCAUCAAGGCGGACCAUUGCCCGCAUUUGAGUGCCGAGAAGGAAACGAUCGAGUGGGCUUUGAGUGUCGCGAAGAAAGCAGAAGAGAUCUAA